AUGUCGUCGGUCUCCAACGCCAGCAACCCCUUCGCCUCGGACGCCUUGGACGACUUCUCCUUCCCCAACCCCGCCACGCUGCGCGAGGUCCACAUCACCGAUCAUGUCCCCGUCAAGCUCUCCCUCGCCGAGAAGAACCACCACGCCUGGAUGACCUACUUCUACCUCCUCUUCCGCGAGUACAACCUGUGCGACCACAUCGUCGGCUCCAUCGACCUCUUCGCCCGCCGCGACCCAGACUGGCUCGCCAUCGACGUGGUCUGCGAGGGCGACGACGCGCACACGGUCUGGACGAAGAUCAACGGGCUCUUCACCGACAACAAGCUGCAGAGGAUCGUGUUCCUGCAGCAGGAAUUCUUCGGCACGCCGCAGAACGACCAGACCCUCGACGCCUAUUGCCUGCGCCUCAAGGCGAUCUCCGACGAGCUUCAUGACCUCGGCUUCAAGAUCGGCGACGAGAUUCUUCUUUCCACUCUUACUGCAGGGCUCAACGAGGACCUCGGGAACGCCGCCUCGAACCUCACCCUUAUGACCGAACCUACCUUCGAGCGGGCGGUCACCUACCUCAAGCUCGAGGAACGCCGGCUGAAGAACCUCCGCACCCGCACCGUCCACACCGCCUUCGCCGCCGGCUACCGCGCCCCUGCACCGCUAGCUCCCGCGCCUCCUCAACAGGCGCCGCGCCCGUGGACCGCGCCGCCCCUCCUCCCCACGCCGCCCCAGCAGCCGCAGCAGCAGCAGGGUCGCAACAACCGCCGUCGUCGCGGCGGUGGCCACAACAACGGGGGCGGGAACGGUGGCGGGAACGGCGGAGGGAACGGUGGCGGCAACACCCAGCCUCUGCCACCAUGGAGCAGCGGCUACAACCCAUGGACGGGGGUCAUCCACGCCUACAGCAUGCCGGUGCCGCACCCGCCCGCCCCUGGCACCUUCGGUCCUGGCCCGCCGACUCACCAGGCGCUCUUCGCCGCGACACCGACCUACGCCCCGGCCUUCACCGCUACGCCACCGCCCUACACCCCGGCCUACCACGCCGCGCCACCACCCUACGCGCCGCAGCAGCCUGCAUGGGACCCGACGCUCUUCGCGGCACUGCAGCAGCCGCCCGCGCCUGGCCCUUACGCCGGUGGCGGCGACUGGUUUACGGACACGGGAAAGGUCCCGAAGGACCGAGAGCUGCAUUACCCUAGAAAAGAAACUGAAAACGCGAUCAGGUCCCUGGUCACCGCCGAAGAACGGGCUCCGCCAAUGACUGCCUUCCACGCCACCGGGGAGCGAGCCACUUGGGGCGAGGGCGGCAAGAGGUGUUGA